AUGAAGAAGAAGGGUCAGAGGCUGCAUGGGGCCAGUCCCCCCCAGCCCCACUCUAACCCAAACACCCUAAAUGRCUACAAGCYACCGCUGAGAGUGGGCCCAGGCCUCAGUGAUGAGAGGAGUCAGGAUUUCCUGUCAAAGGUCGACGCCCUGUUGGAGAAAUUCCCGUGUCCAAUCGAAGGAGAGCUCCACCCGGAGGUCUGCGCUGAGAAGGCCUGGACCCUGAUGAAGUUCGACCCGGAGAAGAAGCUGCAGGCUGCAGAAUACUUCCAGAAAGCCAUCAGGAUGGAGCCGGACAGGAAGGCCUGGAGGACCAGCUUCGUCUUACUGAAAUUAGAAACAUUUAAGAAUAUGGAUGAUGAACUGUUCGCUGAGCUGACAUCUGCCAAAGAAGAAGAUCCAGAGAACUUGUACCUUCAGGUUCUUUACAUGGAAGCUUCGGCAGCCAAAGGAACAAAACUUAAAAAACAAGAAGUGCAGGAUUUGUCAGGAAGAGUUUUACGCAGUUCAGCGAGCAGCUACAACGGCCUGGCCCCGUUACUGCGGCUCUACAGGAACUUCCUGUCUGUGGAUGAAGCUGUGGGUUUGGCCGAGGAGGCCCUGAGGAGACACCCUGAGGCUCGGUCAGUCAUCAGAUGUGCUGCUGUCUGUUAUAAACACAAGGUCUACUUUCAGAAUCCAGACUCCAGAACCAUCAGCAGGGCUGUCGAUCUCUUCCAGAAGCUGAUCGAGAUUUAUCCACACUUUUCAAUGAAAACCCAUUUAAGUCUGGCAUCUAUUUAUUCCAAACUCUCUGAAGAGAAAGCUGAUCAGAUCUACGAGGAGCUCCUGGAAAACCAGGAACUCCUCAAGGAUCUGGAGCCAUUCGAUGUGCAGAUGCUUUACUUACGCUACGCAAARUAUCUUUUCUUCGUUAAAAAACAGAAAGACGAGUCGUUGAAGAACCACAUGAAGGUGGUAGAGAUACCACACCAAUCUGAUCAACGUGAGAAAAGCCURACAGAGCUGAAGAAGGCCAUCAAAAGAAACAAAAACUCUCAAAUCUGUGACAAAAUUGAGGAGUUUUUGGAGAAAAUGAGUUUAAAUGACUGAAUCUGGAACAAUGUGGAGGUUUAUGGUGUGAAAACAUCUGGAACUAAAUAAAGUUUUUUUGGGAUUGAUUGAUGUACUAUAUGCUCGAAUUUCUCUGAAAAUUUUUUCAAAAUGAUGGGAAAAGUUUACAGG